AUGGUGAAGAUCUGUUGCAUUGGUGCUGGAUAUGUCGGGGGCCCUACAAUGGCAGUGAUUGCACUCAAGUGUCCAUCCGUUCAAGUUGCUGUUGUUGAUAUCGCUCAAAAAAGGAUUGAGGCUUGGAACAGUGACAAGCUUCCCAUCUAUGAACCUGGCCUUGAUGAUGUGGUAAAGCAGUGCCGAGGCAGAAACCUCUUCUUCAGCACUGAAGUGGAGAAACAUGUUGACGAAGCUGAUAUAGUGUUUGUCUCUGUAAACACCCCUACCAAAACUACGGGUCUUGGAGCAGGCAAAGCUGCAGAUCUGACAUAUUGGGAGAGUGCUGCUCGCAUGAUUGCUGAUGUGUCAAAAUCUAGCAAAAUUGUUGUUGAGAAAUCUACAGUCCCAGUCAAAACAGCUGAAGCAAUAGAGAAAAUUUUGACCCACAAUAGCAAGGGAAUCAAAUUCCAAAUCCUCUCCAACCCAGAGUUCCUUGCAGAAGGAACUGCAAUCCAAGAUCUUUUCAACCCAGACAGGGUCCUCAUUGGUGGAAGGGAAACCCCUGAAGGCCAAAAGGCCAUCAAAGCAUUGAAGGAUGUUUAUGCUCAGUGGGUUCCUGAAGACCGAAUCCUAACCACCAAUCUCUGGUCUGCAGAGCUCUCCAAGCUUGCGGCCAAUGCAUUCUUGGCCCAGAGAAUAUCGUCUGUCAACGCCAUGUCUGCCCUUUGUGAGGCUACUGGGGCCAAUGUUAUAGAGGUGUCGUAUGCUGUUGGUAAGGACACUAGGAUUGGACCCAAAUUUCUUAAUGCUAGUGUUGGUUUUGGUGGGUCUUGCUUCCAGAAGGAUAUCCUGAAUUUGGUUUACAUCUGCGAAUGCAAUGGCCUUCCAGAGGUGGCUGAGUACUGGAAACAGGUCAUUAAGAUCAACGAUUAUCAGAAGAACCGUUUUGUGAACCGUGUUGUUGCAUCCAUGUUUAACACAGUGGCAAAGAAGAAGAUUGCCAUCCUGGGGUUUGCCUUCAAGAAAGAUACUGGUGACACAAGGGAGACCCCAGCUAUUGAUGUGUGCAAGGGGUUGUUGGGUGACAAGGCUGAACUGAGCAUAUAUGACCCGCAAGUUACUGAGGACCAGAUUCACAAGGACCUCGCAUUGAGCAAGUUUGACUGGGACCAUCCUCUUCACCUCCAGCCGAUGAGUGCCUCCUCCAGUACUGAGAAGCAAGUUACUGUUGUCGGGGAUGCCUACGAAGCAGCAAAGGGUGCUCAUGGUCUUUGCAUUAUGACCGAAUGGGAUGAGUUUAAGACUCUUGAUUACAAGAAGAUAUUCGAUGAUAUGCAGAAACCGGCCUUUAUAUUUGAUGGUAGGAAUGUUGUUAAUGUGGAUCAGCUGCGGGAGAUUGGGUUUAUUGUGUUCUCAAUUGGUAAGCCCCUGGAUGCAUGGCUCAAGGACAUGCCUGCUGUGGCAUAA